AUGUCACCUGGACAUUAUCGUGGUUGUUGUUAUAGUUGUUGUUUACGUUUUCUUGGAACAAAAUCAACUGAAUAUUUUUUUGAUCCAAUAAAAACAUCAUUAAAGUUGAAUUUUAUAAAUGCUGAUGAUGAAAUUAAAAGUGAAACUCGUUGUAUAUCAUGUCUAGGAAUACUUGAUGAUGCUAUUGAAAAAGAAGCUGUGCAAAAUAUAAAAGAAGCUAUUAAAAAUGGUGGUUAUGAUUCUUCAACAUUUACAUUUGCAUUGUCUUUGCCAGUAUCAUUGACAAUUAGAGAAACAUCAAUACAAAUAGCAUUGUCAAAAAAAUUUAAUUUAUCAGAAUAUCAAUUGAUUGGUUUAAAAUUAAAAACAUGGAGUGUUAAAGAUGUAUGGAAAGCUCAAGUUGUACCAAUUAUUGAAAAUGAAUGUUUGAUGAAAAAUGUAACUGCACCAGUUCCAUCAUUAUUUUCAAUUGAUAUUUCAUUUAUCAAUGAUACAGAUGAAAUUGAAUGCAACAAAUUAUUGAAAAAAUGUGAUCCAAAUUUUGUAGAAUCAAAACAUAAACAUGUAAAUGAUAAAAUUUAUAGUAGAAAUACUAUUGAAAAAAUUUUAUCAAGUGUAAAAGAAGAAAAUUUUAUUGAAUAUUUUAAUAUUCCAAUUGACAGACCAGCUGAAAUUAUUAAAGUUGAUAAAGUUGGUUGUUCACAUGGAAGUAUUUUCAUUGGAGGAAGAUACACUAAAUUUAAUAGAAAAUUAAGUCAAACACCUUGGUUUAUAAAUGGUGAAAAAAAAAUGGAAACAUCAGUACAAGAAUUAAUUUGUGAAUUUAUUGUUGAGCAUACAAAAGCUGAAUCAUUAAAAUUUUUAUCAUCUGGAAGAGAAGAUGUUGAUGUAAGAACAAUUAAUUCUGGACGUCCAUUUGCUGUUGAGCUUGUUAAUCCAAAAAUAACAAAUAUUAGUGAUGAUGAGUUUAAUGAUAUGGUUACAAAAAUAAAUGCAUCAACAGAUAUGGUUCAAGUAACAUCCAGACUGAAAUUAUUAAACAGUGAUGAUUUGAAAAGACUGAAAGAAGGUGAAAAUCAAAAAUCAAAAUUUUAUCGAGCACUUUGUUUGUUACGUUCAAAUACUGCUGACACAAUUGAUUUUGAAAAAUUAAAUUCAAUUAAAAAUUUAGAAAUUAUACAAAAAACUCCAAUUCGUGUUUUACACAGACGACCAUUGGCAUCAAGACCAAGAUUUAUUCAUGAUUUACGUGGACGUUUAUUAACUCAACAAGAAAUUAUUAAAUUAUCCAUAAAUACACCAGAAAAUGUAUUAAAAAAUUUAUUUGUUCUUGAUUUAAAAACUCAAGCUGGUACUUAUGUUAAAGAAUUUGUUCAUGGUGAUUUUUGUCGAACAAAACCUAAUUUAGGUGAUUUACUUCAUGAAGAUGUUGAUAUUGUUGCUCUUGAUGUUACAGGAAUUAAUUUACACUGGCCAUAAUUAAUUAUUUCAACUUUGAAUUUAUAAUAUUUGUAGCUAUUUACAAAUUAAAAACGUAAAUUAAACAAAAAAAUAUGUAUUUAUUUAAA